GCUGCUGCGGAUGAACUCGGAAUUGCAGUUGCUCCGUGACUGUCAGAAACAAACCUCUGCUUUUUAAUCCCCAAAACAUCCGGAUCAAACGGGGGGGAACCAUCAUUUUUACCUGCUCUUCCGCUCUCGAUCCGCGGACGCAAGCACCAAGAGAACCCCCGCCGAGAACCCUCGACAUUUUGCACAUUUUAACACCGAAAAACAAGCUCAAACUGCGGAAUUUGGGCAACGAAGGCGCCCCUCUGCUCCGCGGUUGGCACGGAGCGGGCAGAUCUGCAAAGAGAAACGUUAAGCGGUUUUGUAAAUUCCUAGAGCCCGUGAUCGGCAGGAUCAUGGCAGAACAUCUUUCCCAGAGUGAACUGGACUAUCCCUUUAAACUCCUGGAGUAUUUCAACGGAUUCAGGAUUUCUAAGAUCAUCUUCUCUGCGUGUGAGUUGGGAGUGUUUGACCUUCUGUUGACCUCUGACCCCCUGAGCGCAGGUCAGAUCGCGGCUCAGUUGAACCUGAGCGCAGACGGAGCAGAGAGACUCCUGGACGCGCUGGUCGGUAUCGAGAUCCUGGAGGUGGACACGACCCAGGCCACAGCUCUGUACAGCAGCACUGAUGUGUCGAGCCUGUACUUGGCCAGAGGCAGCUCUAAGUCUCUGUGGGACAUGAUCCAGUACCAGUCUCAGACCAUCUACCCUCUGUGGAACAACAUGGCUGACGCCGUCCGGGAAGGAAAGAACCAAAAUGAGAAAACUUUUGGGCUUCCAUCAGAGCAGAUCUUUCAAGCCAUCUACAGAUCUGAGGAGGAGAUGCUGAAGUUCAUGGGUUUGAUGAACUCUUCGUGGAUUCUCGAUGGACACGACAUUGUCACGGCGUUCGACCUCGCUCCUUUUAAAUCCAUCGUUGACCUCGGAGGAUGCACUGGGGCCUUGGCUCGUGAGGUCAGCAGACAGUACCCCUCCUCUGCUGUGACUGUGUUUGACCUGCCGUCUGUCACUGAAGCAGCUCAGAAGCACUUCACUCAAGAAGAUGACAACAUCACGUUUCAGAGCGGAGAUUUCUUCACUGAUGUCCUCCCAUUGGCCGAUCUCUUUGUUUUGGCUCGAAUCGUUCACGACUGGCCUGAGGAGAAGUGCCUGUCUCUGCUGAGAAGGAUCCACAGUGUCUGUAAACCAGGAGGGGGUGUUCUUCUCGUGGAGGCCCUCCUGUUUGAGAACCGAAGGGGACCUGUCAUGACUCAGUGCUUCUCUCUGAACAUGCUGGUGCAGACCGAAGGCAGAGAGAGAACGUCCUCCGAGUACAUCGCCAUUUUGAACAAGAGCGGUUUCCAUAAUGUCCAGGUGAGCCGAACAGGGAAGUGCUAUGACGCCAUCCUCGCUCUCAGGUAAUGCUAAAAAUAAAAACCUAGACACAUGGAGUUUAAGGAUACAUGAUGUAAUUAAUGUGAAAACGAUUUAAAACAGCUCUUAAAAUUGACUUUUAAUACCUGUUAUAAUUGUUCUCAAUUGUCAUUUAUCUGCACAAACUUGUAUUUAGACCACAGACUGUAAACAAGUGGACUAAGUGAGUGUGAUAUCACCCACAGCGUUUGGCUCCAGUCAAAUGAUGCAGGCUAGCAGCUAUAGGGGUCAAUUUGGAGCCAAGUUCCAUAUUUAGAAUUCUGACUGUGAGAAUUUUAUGAACCAAAUAGCCAGUCUGGAGCGAGGCUGAUGAAGAUAACGCCCCUUCCUGCCCCCACCGCUGCUUCAGCAGGAAGCAGGUUAUGAGCAACACUGUCAAUCAAACCUGUUGCUAACGCUAGUGUGAGCAACCUCAGGGAAAGAAGGCGCCUGAUUUGUUUGUUAUUAAUGUUCAUAUCUUGAUUUAGAGACACAAUAGUGAAAUUAAAAUCCCAGGAUCAUGUAGAGCGGGUUAAUACGAACAUUUUAAGACCAAAAGGACGGGUUUGACGGCAGCAGUUAAAAAGAGAGGGGACACAGUUUUUUCCAAUGUAAAGUGAAUUGGAGCCAGAGUCAAUGGAGCCGGAAGUGCACCCAUGAUCACUUCCUAUUUGGAACGCGGUGGCUAUAGCAGGUUAGCUAUCUCCAUUUAUAUAUACAGUCUAUGGUAAAAAUACAUAAAUUUAACAUGUGUAAACAUCUGUCGGGUUUGUCCUCUGUUGAUUCCUGUUUGAUCCUAUGCACAGCUAAAUAUUUUGUAUGUCCAUUAACUUGAUAAUCCUGAUGAUUCCUGAGCCUUCACUGAUCGGUAAUGGGCAUUAUGCUGUUACUGUUUUAUUAUGCACUUCAGGUUCACUGUAUGUUUCUGUACAUUUUAAAUGGUCAUAUCUUUUAUAAUUUACAAUAGCAUGUACUGUAGAUUCAGGAAUUAUAUUGAUUUUCUAUAUUAAUAAACAAGGUACAAUAACCAUGAGUGGAUUAACUAUGCAGCUCACAUGAUGCAGUGUUUAGUCACAUGAUCUCGUUAACGUUUUGAUAGAUAAACUGUAAUGUGUAAUGUGCAGUGUUUGUUCUCUAACUGUCACUGUUCAAUGUAACUUUUAUCAAAUGUGUCUGGUAUUAAACCCAUCUAUGUUGCAUUUA